AUCGAAUUGGGGAUAAUUCCGUGAAACUUGGAGUAGAGAACCACAGAAACCAACAAUGUCGUCUUCUUCUUCUUCUUCUUCUUCUUCUUCUUCUUCUUCUUCUUCUCCGGUUUCGUCCGAGACGACGACGGUAUCGAAAGAAAUCGAUCCCAACAAUGUCUUGAAGGUCGCAGAUUUCUUUAAAUCAAUCACUUACCAAGACUCAUCGCUCGACGAUUUCACCUCCUUGGACUCUUUCUCCGUCUUAUUUCAAAGCAAUAUCAGAGCUCUCUCUCUCGCACGCGGCCGUAUCUCGUGUUCCGUCAUCGUCACGCCAGCCCUUGCCAAUUACUUUAAUGGGUUACAUGGAGGAUCAGUGGCAUCAAUUGCAGAGAGAUUAUCGAUGGCUUGUGCUAAAACCGUCGUGUCCGAAGACAAACAGCUGUUCCUCGGUGAAUUGAGUAUGUCUUAUCUCUCUGCUGCUCCUGUUUCGAGUGAAUUAGUGGUGGAGGGAUCAGUGGUGAGGAGUGGGAGGAAUCUGACGGUGGUGAGUGUUGAGUUCAAGAUGAAGGACACCAUGAAAGUUACUUACCUAGCACGUGCUACUUUUUACCAUUCUAUCAUCUCCAAGCUUUAAGCUUCGACACUCGAAAGAUCUUUAAAAAUCAGAUCUUUUGUUGAUUCUUUAUAUUUCUAUUCAAUAAAACAAGAUUCUGUACACAGAUUAGUCUUCACUCUUGAGAUUUAUAAUAAAGUUAUAUUAUUACUA